AUGAGCAAAAAGAAGAAAAAAUUGGCUGAUAAAAUAUUACCCCAAAAAGUAAGGGAUCUUGUUCCAGAAUCACAAGCAUACAUGGAUCUUUUGGCAUUUGAAAGAAAAUUAGAUUCMACAAUCAUGAGAAAACGAUUAGACAUACAAGAAGCAUUGAAGCGCCCAAUGAAACAAAAACGUAAAUUACGUAUAUUUAUAUCAAACACAUUUUAUCCGGCAAAAGAACCUGGAGAAAAUGAAGAAGGAAGUGUUGCUUCUUGGGAAUUAAGAGUUGAAGGGCGUUUACUAGAAGAUUCUAAAAAUGAGCCAAAUAAAAUAAAAAGAAAAUUUUCUUCUUUCUUUAAAUCACUGGUCAUUGAACUUGAUAAAGAUUUAUAUGGGCCUGAUAAUCAUCUGGUUGAAUGGCAUCGAACYGCAACUACUCAGGAAACUGAUGGAUUUCAAGUGAAACGGCCUGGAGAUAAAAAUGUACGCUGUACUAUUUUAUUGCUUCUUGAUUAUCAACCAUUACAAUUUAAAUUGGACCAACGUUUGGCUAGACUGUUAGGUGUUCAUACUCAAACCAGACCGGUUAUUAUAAGUGCUCUUUGGCAGUUUAUAAAAACACAUAAGCUACAAGAUUCUCAUGAAAAAGAAUACAUCAACUGUGACAAGUAUUUGGAACAAAUAUUUAAUUGUACUCGUAUGAARUUUGCUGAAGUCCCACAGAGACUUAAUAAUUUACUUCAUCCUCCUGAUCCUAUUGUUAUUAAUCAUAUCAUAAGUGUUGAGGGUGUUGAACAAAAACAAACUGCAUGUUAUGAUAUUGAUGUUGAAGUAGAUGAUACUUUAAAAGCACAAAUGAAUAAUUUCUUACUAUCCACUGCUAGUCAACAAGAAAUACAGAGCCUAGAUAACAAGAUUCAUGAAACAGUUGAAACUUGGAAAGCAAAAGGUGUAGGAUUUACACUACGUAAUGCUAACGAUUUCAAAUUGAAUGACUUUUAUGCUGGUUCUCCUGAGUCAUUUGAAGCAUUUUAUGGUCAUGAUGAAGAUGGUGAUAUAUAUAAACCUAAAAAUAUUCUGUCAUUAGAAAGGUAUGUAAUGAAGAUGACUGAAGGAAAUGGUGUGCAUUUUGUUAUGGCUGAUGGUGGGUUCUCUGUUGAUGGUCAAGAAAGUUUUCAAGAAAUUUUAUCUAAACGAUUGUAUUUAUGUCAAGCUUUAGCUGCUUUAAGUAUUCUUCAACCAGGUGGACAUUUUAUGUGUAAACUUUUUGAUAUAUUCACUGAAUUUAGUGCUGGUUUAUUGUUCCUUUUAUACCAGAGUUUUAAACAAAUUAGUAUUUACAAACCAGUCACUAGUCGCCCUGCAAAUUCUGAAAGGUAA